UGUCCAGAUCCUAAUCUCUGGAACCUGUAAAUAUGUUACUUUAUAUGGCAAAAGGGACUUUACAGAUACGGGUAAGUUUAGGAUUUUGAGAUGGGAAGAUUAUCCUGGAUUAUCUAGAUGAGGCUGGUAUAAUCACCACAGUCCUUAAAGCAGGGCGGAAGAUCGGAGGAAGAGACAAUGUCACUAUGGAAGCACUGGGGGGACAGGCUAUGUGAUGCGAGGCCAUGACCCCAAGGAAUAUGGAUGGUCUUUAGAAGCUGGAAAAGGCAAGGAAACAGAUUCUCCUCUGAAGCCUGCAGAAGGAACCAGCCCUUCUAACAACUUGAUCUUAGCCCCUAAGACUUAUUUUAGACUUCUGAUCUCCAGAAAUGCAAGAGGAUAAAUUUGUGUUACAUUUAAGUUAUGAAGUUCGUGUUAGUUUGUCGCAGUGGUGCUAUGGUUUGAAUAUUUGUCCCCUGCAAAACUCAUGUUGAACUUUAAUCCCCAAUGUGGUAGUAUUGAGAAGUGGGGCCUUUAAGAGGUGAGUGAAUUCAUUCAUGGGUUAAAGGAUUAAUGGAUUAUCAUGGGAGGAGAACUGGUGGCUUUAUAAGAAGAGGAAGAGAGGCCUGAGCUAGCAUGUGAGCUCAGCCCCUGGCCAUGUCAUACCCUGUACCACCUCAGGACUCUUCAGCGAGUUCCCACCAUCAAGAAGAUUCUUAAAUGAUGCAGCUCCUCCACCUUGGAUUUCUCAGCCUCCAUAAACUGUAAGAAGUAAUUUCCUUUUCUUUAUAAGCUAUCCGGUUUCAGGUAUUCUAUCAUAAGCAACAGAAAACAGAGUAAGACAGCAGCAAUAGGAAACUAAUAUAGAAAGUAUCAGGAAAAUGAAUGGCUGUAUCAUGCUCCCUUUUGUCAUUAUUUGAAAUUGCUUUUAUGAGCAAAGCUUGUCUUAACCUAGCAACAGUUGCUAAGUAAGUUAACAACUGAAUGCUAGAGUUUGGGAAGGAGCAACUGCUUAAAUCUUCCCAAAUCUGGUGCCCAUACCUUCUAUGGCAGGGGCUUUUAGUACCAUUCUUUAAUGUUAGACACAUAACAUUACCUAAUGUGUGAACCGUUUAAUCCUUACCAGCCUCUAGCAUCCUAAAACCCUGAACCUCUUCCAGCUUUCUUAAACUUUCAGCUUUUCCUGAAACGACUUUUUCUGAUUCUAAGAUUAUUUUAACUGUAAAUAGGAGAAGACAUCUGAAAUUUAACUAUGAUCAGAAAUUCAGAUUACAACAACUUUGUUUGCUGUGCUGUUUGUAAUAAAAUAAUCCCACCAGCCCCUUUUGGAAAAACCUUCAAACGGAUCCAUGAAUACAAGCCGCUGAAGACACGCUUUUACACUCACAAAGACAUACUAGAUAUUGGGGCAAAUAUUCUGAAAAAAGAAGAGAAGUUUCAAGAAGAUAUACUCAGAGAAUGCAUUGCAAAAGCAGAAGCUGAAGUAUGGGCUCAGGCUAAUGAACGUCAAAAACAAGCAGUGGAGAAAGCACUUGAAGAAGCAAAUGGCAGACACAAAAUUGAAAUUCAGAUUUUGAAAGAGGAACAUCAAAAAGAUUUACAGGAAGUGACAGCUAAAACUAAGACAGAGACGUAUCAAAACAUGGAUGACGAAAUGAAGAGAGAGCACUUGGCUGCAGAACAGCGCAUGGUCCACAGAAUCCAAAGGAUUAUGAUGGAAUGCCACAGAGAGAAGGUGGAAGCUGUGGAGAAAGCCAGGGCUGAAGAAAGACUCAUCGCCCAGGAAGCAAUCCAGGCCCAGAAAAGCAAAGCCAUGGAGGAAAUUGUGAAUACUGGUAUCGCAGUUACUAAGGAUGAGAAGACCAAUGUGGCCCGACUGAUAAGGGAAAAAGAACAUGAAAUGAACGUCCUCUAUGGCAUAGCUCAGAGGCAGAAGCAAGAAGAGGUACAGGAAGUGCUUCAAGAAGCAGAGAAAACACAUCAGGCCACUCUUGGCAAUAUGAUGGAUACACUGGCUAACACCCAGGGGGAGCUGCUGUCUAUAGCAAAACAACUGGGAAUCAUGACAAAUUGGAAAGAUUUCCUAGAGGAGGAAUUACAGGAAACCAGGAUGGCAUUUCAAAAAUACAUCAAUUAUACCUUUCCUAAGCUUUCACCAGGACAUGCAGAUUUUAUUCUGCCAGAAAGAAAGAAAACACCUUCUAAUCUUGUUAUUGAGGAAAACAAAACAACUCUUGAUUAG